AAGAAAAAAGGGUAAAGAAAAGAAGCGAAAACUGGAGGACGACCUUCCCAUCGACCAGGCAUUGCUGGAUCUGGGUGAAAUGUCGCAAAAGCAUGGCUUUCUACGGAUACAGCUGGGCGACCAGACCGACAGCAAAAUGCUAUUGGGCCAAUAUCGCUGCACAGAUGUGCCUGGGGAAUUCGUUUGGCUUCCUGGUGUCCUCACGCAGGAUGUCAUGCAUGGCUACUGGCUGUUGCUGGAGGAUCUGGAUGCCGCCACCCAAGACACCUAUACAAUUCUGAGCAGCUUGCUGGAGAGGCCGUGCCUGAGCGUUCCCGGCUUUCGCGACUCUGUGAAGAUUGAGCCAGGCUUUCAAUUGUUUGUCACAGUGCGGACCAACAAAUCGGCCAGCAAUUCGGGACAUAAAUCGCUCUAUUCGCUGCUGGAUAAAUAUCUGUAUACGAUCAACGUUUUGCCGCUUUCCCGCAACGAGCUGUGCAAGGUGGUCAGCACCAACUAUCCCAAGCUGGCGACCGUCGCCAAUCGAGUGGUGGACGUGUUCCUUACCUUCUCCAGUGGCAAUCACAUGGCCGCCGACAAUCUGCGUCAGCAGGAUUCGAACGACAAGGCGGACAACACGGAGAAGUACGUGGCGCUGCCCUUUAAGCAGGUCACACUCUCAUCCAGUCCCAACUCGGGCCGCCUGGUCUCGACCCGUGAUCUGGUCAAGCUGUGCCGCCAGCGUUCGAAUGCCGAGUUCUCGGUGACCAGCGCCGAGUGUGCCUACUUUGUGUUCCAGAAUGCCGUCGAUGUAUUCUGUUCGUAUCUGCCGCAGAGUAGGGAGAAGAUCACGCUGAUCACGAAACUAACCGAGCAGACCAGGAGGGCCAUCGGCCAGACCAGCGUCAAGCGUGCCACCUUCUCGUUUACACGUCUCGCCAGCUGCAUCUUGGAACGGAUUGCCGUCUGUGUGAGCCACUCGGAGCCCGUGCUGCUGGUGGGGGAGACGGGUGUGGGCAAGACCUCCUCCGUGCAGUAUCUGGCCGAGCGCACCGAACACAAGCUGGUCGUCGUGAACAUGAACAACCAGUCGGAUGUCUCGGAUCUCGUGGGCGGAUUCAAGCCCUUCGAACUCAACUACGUGCACUUGCUCUGCGAGACCUUCAAUGCCGAGAAGAACAUGCAGUUCCUCCGGAUCUUUGCCACGCAUUACAACAGCGGCCGGCACAGUGUCAUCAUACGCACUAUGAUCAGCCUGUGCUAUCAGGUGUUCAGGAACACGGAUCUAAAGAGCCAACAGAUGGUGCCGCGUUGGCGCACGCUUUGCGAGAAGCUGCAGAAGCUGCAGACACAGCUGGACAAGAGCAUUAACAUUUCGUUUGCCUUCAUACCCGGUUCCCUGGUGAACUGCAUCAGCAAAGGCGAAUGGGUGCUGCUGGACGAGAUCAAUUUGGCAUCGGCCGAGACCCUGGAAUGCCUGUCGACCAUCCUAGAGCCAGAGGGAUCGGUUGUGCUGCUGGAGCGGGGCGAUUUCAUGCCCGUCAAGCGGCAUCCGGACUUUCGCAUCUUCGCCUGCAUGAACGCCAACACGGACAUUGGCAAGAAGGAUCUGUCCGUGGGCAUACGCAAUCGAUUUACCGAAUUCUUUGUGGACGAACUGACGACGGACGCGUACCUCAGUCUGCUGGUGAGUGACUAUUUGGCCAACACGGGCAUCCAGCGGAAGUCCGUGCACAGCAUGGUCCAGCUCUACAAGUCACUGCGUCGCCUCUCCGAGCACCAGCUGAACGAUGGCCUGUGCAAUCGUCCCGUCUACUCUUUGCGCACCCUGUGCCGCAGUCUGCGCAUCUGUGUUCGGAAUCUGUGCGGCUCCAUUGAGCGGAAUCUGUACGAGAGCUUCUGCCUGAGUUUUCUCAGCCAGCUGGAUCCGGAGUCGCAUCAUGUGGUGCUGCUGCCCCGAUUGGGAGAGAACUAUCUACAGUUCGAGGGCUACUGGAUACAGCUGGGGGGCCUGGAGCAGCAGUCCUGCUCCCACUACAUCCUCACGAAGAGCGUCCAAAAGAAUCUGCAAGAUCUCGCGCGCAUCAUAUCGAUUGGCAAGCUGCCCAUCCUGCUCCGGGGACCCACCAGUGCCGGCAAGACUAGUCUUAUCGACUACGUGGCCCGCCGAAGUGGCAAUCGCUGUCUGCGCAUCAACAACCACGAGCAUACCGACCUUCAGGAGUACAUUGGCACCUAUGCGGCCGAUCUGGAGGGCAAGCUCACUUUCCAGGAGGGUGUCCUCGUGCAGGCCAUGCGUCAGGGUUAAUGGAUCAUCUUAGACGAACUGAA